UGCAGGCUGUAUUUCCACUGAAUACCCCAAACUAUCUGUGCCUGUGAUCGCCAUCGCCAUGGGAAGAAUGCUGCUGUGUGUCCAUUUGCUCGUCUUCGUAAUUUACAAAGAGGCGUCUGGCUUGAAAAUUCAGAACAAGCUGCUGGGUAAAUGUCUGCAGGUUCAGGAAGGAUCUUCGGGAGGGAGAGUAUCUCUGGGUGAAUGCAGCCCAUUUUCAGCCUUACAGGAAUGGCGCUGGCUCCCACAGAGCCAGGCUCUAAGCAACCACCACACCGGGGAGUGUCUGACUGCACCUGGAGAGCAGUAUGAAGGUGUGCGCCUGCAGUCCUGCAUCUUUCACGCUGAAAGUGGUGAAGCUGCUGCUGGAGAGGCAGUGGAGGAUAUAGGCAGAGAGGCAAGCAACCAGGCGUGGUCCUGUUCCAAGAGGGGCCACCUCACUUUGAUGGGGAAGGGGCUGCACCUGAGUGCCACACAAGAAUCCACUUUGGUCUUUCUUUCAAGGGAACAUAAGCAGCCUGGCAGCAGGUGGCGGACACUUGACAACCAGACAUUGUGCAAAGGGAGAGACAGCAAACACAACCAACACCAAUUUCACCACAACCUGGGGAAAUCAUUGGAACACAGGAUUGUUCCAAGUGCCAUGUCUGAUAUACGCAGACAGGCUGAACCAUUUGAAGGUUUAAUGGCCGUUGAGGUCUCGCAAACAUAUCCUGUAAUGGAUGUGCCUCAUUCAUCCCUGAGCACCAAAUCUCCUGAAGAUCCCACCAUGAUUUUCUUUAGUAUGGACUAUGGAAUGGGCUGGAAGAUAACCAUGUUGGUACUAAGCUCUUUGGCUCUGGUCCUGGGGACUCUCAUUCUUAUCCUUAAUGUUUACUCCAAUAGAAGGAAGAAGGUGGUGUGUGUUUUGAAGUCAUACACACCGAGGCCAGAGGCGAGUGUCCCUGGGUCCCCGGUGCUCAGUGAAAGAGCCCCGCUGACCCAGCAUGCAAUGCGGUUCCCACACUCCACCCCGACUUUACAACGAGGAGAAAUCCUGAUUGAGUGGAAGGAUGGCACUGUUACUCCACUGUACGAAGCCUGAACGUUGGACUGCAAAUAAUGUUUAACAUGGUUCUGUCGGUGCAAGCAAGCAUUGUUUCUCAUGCAACUUUAUUAUCUUCUGAAUGUAUCUGAAAGGGUUAAAAGAAAAGAGAAUAUUUUCUCAGAAUGUUGGCAUCCAAAUGGAAUUAAACAAAAUGUUUCAUAAAAUGUCAAGUCAAAGGAUCAGUAUCGGACCAUUUCUGUGAUACUUGCCAAAAGGAAGAUAAAAGCUGCUAUGAAGCCGCCAGAAAAGAGUUGGACUGUCAGAUUUGAAAAAGACCUAACUUCUGCUGAUUUAAGAGAUAGCUUAUUGGAUGAAAUAAAUGUAAAUUAGUUUUUAAGCAAACCAUUGUUUGUAUGCUUAAUAAAACUACAACUCAAGCACUUAACAAAGUAACCAAUAGCUUAGGCCUUUAGUUGGAAUAAUACUAAGGAAAGUUAUUUUAGUUUGUUGCAUAUAUGAAGAUUUGAACACUUGAGUUACUUCAGGUGUCACUUUGGCUCCUGAGACUCAAACCCUUCAUUUUAGGAAUUGGGGUUUUACAGGAAAGUGUAAUGACCAUUGUGUUGCAAGAAAGUUGUUUUCAGAACAGAAUUAAGUAUUAUUUAGCUUGUACUUUAUAUCAUAAAUAUAUAGUUAUUGAGAUUUUUCAGAAAAAAAUCAUAACCUAGUUUACAUAAGUAAGGACACUAGACUGGCAGCAUAAUCCUGUACUGGAAUGCACUAAAGUGUUAAAGGGGGGGUACUUAAUACUAAAAUUGCCUUUGACCGCCACUCAAGGUCCACUUGAGCUUAUCCUUACUACACUUUCAUCAUCAGCAGAAGAAGUUGGCUCUGUAGUCAUGAAGAUGUAUUUAACUUGCCAUUAUUCGGAGCACUUUUGGGGUUUUGCAUCCUUAAAAGUCCACUGUGAAGAUUGUUGAUAAAGUUGAAAGCACCAGAACCAGCUUUUGAGUGGAGAUUGUUUCGUCAACUAUCAUUUAAUUUUGCAUUUUAUAUGGCUACCUGGCAGACCACUAAUUUGCGGCAAAUAUAUUCGUUAUUUUUUUACUAAAAAAGUAUUUUCAUAUUGUAAACAUAUCUAAUAAAAUCAUUUAGAUGA